AUGAGUGUUGUCUCCGCUGCCGUAUCUAAAACUGUCCCUGCCCCAAUUGAGCGUGUCAAGCUGUUGAUUCAAAACCAGGAUGAGGCCUUGAACUUUGCAUUCAAGGAUUACUUCAAGAGGCUGUUCAAUUUCAAGAAAGGCAGGGAUGGUUACUGGAAAUGGUUUGCUGGUAACUUGGCUUCAGGAGGUGCUGUUGGUGCUCUUCUCUUUUCUUUGUCUACUAUUUGGAUUAUGCUCCGUUUCACCAAUGAUGCCAAAGCUGCAAAGAAGGGAGGAGAAAGACAAUUCAAUGGUCUGAUUGAGGUCUACCAGAAGACACUGAAAUCUGCUGGAAUUGCUGGUCUUUACUGUGGAUUCAACAUUUCUUGUGUUGGAAUCAUUGUCUCCGUGGUCUCUACUUUGGACUCUAUGAUUCACUGA